AUGGCGGCGGAGUGGCCGCUACUGGCGGAGGAGGAGGAGGACGAGGCGGAGGUGGCGCGGGCGUGGCGCGCAUUGGAGGCGGUGCGGGUGACAGCGGACGUGGCGGCGGCGGCGCGGCACCUGAUGGCGCUGCUGCGGAGGGUGCAGGCGCACGGCGGGCUGUGCGACGAGGGGCCCGCCCUCGAUACCGCCAUCCGCAGGCACGCCAUGCCCGCCCCUCCUGGUGCGCGCCCCUCCUGCUGCGCAAACUCGCUGUUUCCGCACGAGCCCUACGACCCGUGCGUGCCUCGUGGGGCGCAUGCCUCACAGCAUGGGCGGGGAGGUGGCCAUGACGACAACGGCGGUGCGGUGGAGAGCAAGCAGUGCGGGCGAGAGGCUGCGGAGAGAGGGGAGGCGCAAGGCAGGGCUGAAGGGGCAGAAGGGGAGAGCCAUGGGGAGGGCUGUGGGUGUUGCAAUGAGGGCGGAGGAGCAAGUUGUAGCCUAGGCGGUGUGGAGGUGCAGAGAGGCGAGAGGCUGCGCUGUGCGCCAGGCGAGCAUGCAGGCGCGUUAACGGGGGCCCUGAGAGGCACUGGGGCGGCAGUGGUGUCAAGCGUGCCGGGCGCGGUGGCGGUGCUGGCAGCUGCAGGGGCGGAGGGCGGAGUGGCGGCAGAGGGUGCAGGAGAGGGGCGGUACGUGCAGUAUGACCUGAGGGCCGCUGUGCUGCGGCAGAGGGGGCUCUUCCUCCAGGUGGAGCGGCCAUGGAUGGUGCAAGCGGCAUACCUGAGGGGGUCAGUGCAGCGCUACCGCAUGUUCCUCUGCCUCUUGAAGACCAACUCAGCGACGCUCCUCACACCCACCUCUGACAUCGACCUGAUCUGGCAUGCGCACAUGAUGUGUGCGCGCGCCUACGCCACGGACUGCCGCCACCUGGUGGGGCGCCUCAUCGCCCACGCCACCUCCCUCUCGCCCAACCCCGCCCUCCCUGCCUCCGCCCUCGCCUGCUCGCCCUGCGCCCUGGCGGGCCCGUCCUCGCCGGUGGCACGGCGUGUGGAGGCGGCGCAGAGGGCGACGGCGCUGCUGUGGGAGGGCGUGCCCCCCGCUCAUGCAAGCUCCCUGCCACCGAGUAUGCGCAUGGGCGGGGCAGCUGUGGGCCGCGAGCAGCAGGCAGCGGCAGUGGGGGCAGGCGGGCAGGAGGGCUCAGGGGCACGCACCCAGUGCCGUUCAGACAGCGCCGCAGGGGCAGAUGUGGAGAGCCAGCAGCGGCGGAAACACGUGGAGCAGCAGUUGAGGAGUAGUGAGGAAGCAGAUGCGGACAAGGAGAGAGUGGGAAGCUGGAGCACAGACGAGCAGGGGGCAAAGGUGCGGAGCAUGGCAGUGGCGGGGCGUGUGAGAGCGGGCGAGGCGAAUGCAGGGCUGGGGCUGUGGCAGCGCAGCACAGUGGACGUGGAGGUGACCGUGUGGACCGUGAGAGGGCUGCUGCUGCCCGCCCCUGACUGCCUCUCCGUCUGCCUCUCCGCCCUCCACGCUGCCCCUGCCUUCUCCGCCCGCACGCCCACGCUGCCCUUCCAUCCGGCAGCCCCCCCACCGCGCUGGCGGCACCGCUUCUCACUGCAGGCGGAGAUGGCCUCGGAGGGGCUGCGGCUGAGCCUGCACGCCCACUCGCCCUCGCUGCUCUCCUCGCUGCUGCCCUGGCUGCUCCCCCCCGCUCCCCGUGAGCUGGGCUCGGCGGUGCUCACGUGGCACCGCCUGCUGCAGCACCCCUCGCUGCUGUUCCACUGCGUGCUGCCCCUCGCCCCCCCAGGCUGCACCCCCGCUGCCUAUGCCGCUGCCACGGCCCCUCUCACUACGGCCAGCACAGCUGCCCCAGGGAGCAGUGGCUUGGCGGCGAGGGCAGCAGAAGAGGGGGAGAGGGUGGGUGGGGGUGGAGGCAGGGCGGAGGGCAGUGUGCGGUGUGUGGCGGGGCAGGCAGGGCUGCAGGUGGGCGUGUCGCUGACCCCUGCCACGGCAGCGCCAUUCCUGCUGCGCGCCGUGCUUGUGUGCGCCUCUGAUGACCGCGGGGCCAUGCUCUGCGCCGCCCUGGCUCAGCACCACCCUCAGAGUUUUUAUGUGCAUGAAUCCUAUGCGUUUGCAUGUGCGGCAUGCAUGUGUGUGGUUUCGCAUGCGAUUGUGCAUGCGUGCGCAUGGCUUGGAUAUGUGUGGAGAUCAGGCGGGGCAGUGGGUGUCACGCACAGUGCUGGACCACAGGGGCAUCGAGGCGUUUGUCAUGCGCACCAGGUGGGAGGCAAAGCAGAUAAGUGUACCUCCCCACUCAUCCAUGUCUCUUUGUCUUCCCCUGCCCUCCACCCCGCCCCUCUUCCUGACUUUGUCUGUUGCCCGGCACCACUUCUUCCCCACCCCUUGGAGCCGUGGAGCAGAGUGGCAGAGGGAGUGUGGGGGGACCACAAGCGCCCAAAGCCAGUUCAGCCGACGGAACGGACAAUCGUGCUGCAUCAGGUGAUUGCAUCAGGUGGGGUGGCAUCAUCAGUGCUGGCGCAGGCUGUGCCUCGAGGUGGGGGAGGGGGGCAGUGGGGACACGGUACCACGAAGAGGGAGCAGAGAGGGAUGGGUGCAGGGGGGGAGUUGGUGGUGCGCUAUGCGCUCAUGGGCUGCUUGCCUGGUGCAGCAAUGGCGGAGCUGGGAGUGCGGUGCAGAGUGGUGGAUGGGGCGCUGGUGCCAGGCUCACUGCAGCUGGACCUGCAGGAGGAGGGCGGCCAUCAGGUGGCGCUACUGCCGGGCCGGCACCUGUCUUACACUGUGUGCGGGGCGGCAGCAGCAGAGGAGCACGGCUUUGCCACGCUAGUGCGAUACACUGGGGGGGGCGGGCUGGCGCAUGCCACAGCGCUGGUGAACUGGAGGGGGUGCGUGGUGGAGGUGGCACGUGAGGAGUCGGUGCCUCUGGCGCUGCUGCUCUGUGCGGCCAUCGCUGAGGCAUUGCUCGACAUGCUCGCUGCGCCGCGCUGCAUGUGCUUCACACCCGCACCCCUGCCCAACCCCGACCCCGACACGCACUGGCAGGCCCUGUGCCUCACCCACUGCUCUCAUGCCCCCUCCUCCACUGCUGCUAGGCCCAGCAGCGGUGGCAGAAGCGAGGAGCGAGGGGAAGAGGAGUGA